UCACCUGCUUGCAUCAGAACCAUGUGUGACCAGCAGCAGAUUCAGUGUUGCAUGUCACUCCCCCAGUGCUGUGUGAAGGGCUCCUCCUUCUAUCCCUCCCAGAAUCCCAGUGCCAGGAGCCAGGUUGUGGUCCAAGCACCUUGUGAGAUGCAAAUUGUGGAGUGCCCCGCACCAUGCCCAGUUCAAGUUUCCCAGGUAAAAUGCCAGGCUCCAUGCCAGUCCAAGACCACACAGGUGAAGUGUCAGGCUCCAUGCCAGUCUAAGACCACCCAAGUGAAGGGCCAGGCUUCAAGCCAGUCCCAGACCACCCAAGUGAAGAGCCAGGCUUCAAGCCAGUCUCAAAUUUCCUGUGUUCAAUGCCAGGCUCCAUGCCAGCCUCAGGUUUCCUAUGUGCAUUGUGAAGCCCCAUGCCCUUUUCAGACCUGCUAUAUGGAAUGUGCUCCAGUUUAUUAUACAGAAACUUGUUAUGUGGAAUGCCCAGUCCAGACCUACAUACCCUGUCCAGCUCCUCAGCCUGUCCAGACUUACGUGGCUUCUCCCCCAGUUUCCCAGACUCAGGGAAGAUUCUCCACUCAGUGCCAGUAUCAGGGCUCCUCCAACAGAUGCUCCCCGCAGCGUCAGUCCCAGGCUUCCUACAGCACCUGUGCCCCGCAGUUCCGAUCUGGGGCUUACUACGGAGACUGCGCCCCCCAGCGCCAGUCCCGGGCUGCGUUUAGCACUUGCACACCCCAGUGCCAGGCCACUGGCUCUUACCGGAGCUUCACCGCACAGCGUCGCUCGCGGAGCUCCACCAGAUGCCUCCCUGCUCGCCAGCUGCAGCCUUCCUACCGCAGCUGCUCCCCACCACGACGGUCUGAGCCCUACUACAGCGGCUGCCUGUCAUCAGCGUGCUCUUCGGGCUCCUAUAACUACUGCACCCCUCCGCGCCGCUCGGAGCCCAUCUAUAGCAGUGGCUGUCCUCGGGCUCGCACUUCAGGCUGCUCUCAGAGAUGUGGUCCCAAAUGCCGGAUAGAGAUUUCUUCCCCCUGCUGCCCCAAGCAGGUCCCCCCGCAAAAGUGUCCUGUUCAGAUUCCUCCCAUCAGACGCUGCUCUGAGAGUUGUGCCCCACGACCCUCCUGGGGUGCCUUCUGCCCGGAGCUGAAGCCACGUGCAGAGUCACGUCCACUCCCAAGCUUCUGUCCACCGCGGCGUCGGGACCAAAGUCCAGAGCCGCCGCUGCAUCGAUGCCCACCCCCUGCCCCCUGUCCAUGCCCACGUCCUGCUCCGCGGCUGUAUCCUCGCCCAGAGCCAAGCUCGAGGUCAGGGCCUCGUCCGUGUCCUCCACCGCGGCGACUCUCUGAACCCUGUCUGUGUCCAGAGCCACGUCCAGCCCCACGUCGUUUCCCAGCGCAGCGUGAAUUUCCCGAAAGGCGUCCGUGUCUACAGCCCUAUGAGCAUCCAGAACCUCAUUCACUCCCGGAGCCAAUUCCCCUUCCAGCGCCGUGCCCGAGCCCAGAGCCCUGUGUGGAGCCCCCGUGCGAUCCCAGCCCGUGCUCAGGCCCCAAUCCAAUCCCAUGUCCGGGGGACCUGGGCUGUCAUGAGUCCAGCCCAUGCCGCCUGGACACCGAGGCUCCAAGCUGCGACCCAGCUGCUUAUAACCAGUGGCAAGGAAGUGGUGACAGCUGUGGACCCUGUGAUACGAUUCCAGAGCCACAGGGUGUCAGUGAUUGUGGAGACCAAGGAGGCUCCUAUGUUGGAGUAAAAGGAGGUCCUUCUGCUGGAACAAAGGGUGCUUAUUUUUAA